AUGUCCAAGACACCCGCACCUAGGCUCAAGCUCGUCGUCCGCCGUCUGCCGCCGACGCUCCCGGCCGACGUGUUCUGGAACGUCGUCGCGCCCUAUGUUGACGGCAAGAGUAAUUGGCGGCGAUACGUCCCCGGCCGCGUGGGGGAUAAGCAGGAGCUGUUGGCUGCUCUCCAAGGUAUCUGCUUUCGUCUUCCUGUGACCGUCGUCCUUACCCGACCCAUCGUUCUUGUACAGUCACACCAACUGACACACAGCUACGGCGCCCACCCGAUCCAUUCCCGCGCCUAUGUGCUCAUGACGGACAUGGACGCCCUCGUUGCCUUCCACACUGGCUUUGACGGGCAUGUUUUCCGCAACAAGGCUGGCGUCGAGUACCAGUCCGUGGUCGAGUAUGCGCCCUUGGAAAAGACGCCGUACAAGUCCAAGGUCAAGAACGACCAACGCCAGGGGACCAUUGAUGACGACCCGGACUACGUCUCCUUCCUCGCGAGCCUGCAAGUGACCGAACCCAAGCCUGUCCUCGAAACAAGCAACCCCGCACCUCAGCCAACGUCCACACCGCUCUUGGAUGCACUGCGCGAGCAAGCGAGCAAGUCCAAGGCCAAAAAGGACAAGAAGCACAAGGACAAGGACAAGGAAAAGGAAAAGGACAAGCACAAGGACAAGGACGGCGACAACAAGAAGGAAAAGGGCAGUGGCAAAAAGGACAAAAAGGACAAGGACAAGGGCGACGGCGGCAAGGCGGCGGCCCUCGCUGCCAUUUCCGAUGCCGCUUCAAAGCGCGCACCCAAGGACCAGGGUGGCGGGCUUGUCAUGGUCGCCGGUAAAGGCCGCGAGGUCUAUGUCGCGUCUGCAGACGACGUUGCUGCCGCCUCGGCCAGUCGCGAGACGAGCAGGGACGGCAAGCACGGCGGCAAGGGCGACAAGGGCGACAAGGGCGACAAGGACAAGGACGGUGACGGCGAGAAGAAACGUACCCGCCAGCACAGGAAGAAGAAGGACAAGAACGACAAGCACGACGACGGUGGCAAGGAGCCCUCGGCUGGCGCCAAAGACGGUGGCGGUGGCGGCAAGGACAAGGACAAGGCGGACAAGGCCGGCAAGGGCCAGCAACAAAAGGGCAGCAAGGGCGGGGCCGACAACGAGUCCAAGGCCGGCCCGUCAAGUGCGCCGGCGGACGAGGCCAAUGCCGACAGCAAGCGCGGUGGCGGCGGGGGCCGUGGGCGUGGGCGUGGCCGCGGCAACAAGGGCGGCGACAAGGCCGACGGUGCGGACGGCAGUGGCAAGGCCGCAGCUGGAGGCGGUUCUGGCGGCGGAAGCGGGGGCCGUAGUCGCGGUCGCGGGACCGCGCCGACCGCGAGCGAGGCGCGUAUCGACAUGUAG